GUAUUCUUUUACCGAUGAAGGUGGGCCUUUACUAAUAUAACGAGUAGAUGAUUGUCUGCAGUGAAUUUACUCGUAGGUGAACGCAAAAAUUGGUUAUGUCUUAAAACACGUGCAAUAUAACCCUUUAAUUAGAAAAUGGUGUCGAGAUUAUAUACUGUUUCAUAUAUAUGUGCAAUUUUGAUGUGGGUUUGUGUCAGUGCUUCUAGUGGAAAUUCGGAAUUUAACUUCGAACAGGAUCUGGAUACAUCAUGUUCUCUAAAGCAGUUUCAGUGUGCUGAUAAAAAAUGUAUUCCCAUAUUUUUCUUGUGUGACGAUGAGAGAGAUUGUGAUGAUGGAUCUGACGAAGAUCCCAAAGAAUGCAUGAGUAAUGUAACGUGCUCAAAAGAUCAAUUCCAAUGCAACAGUGGCAAAUGUAUACCAAGUUAUUGGCAAUGUGAUAAUGAAAAAGACUGCAAUGAUGGUAGUGAUGAAAAUGAACAAAUAUGCCAAAAAAAAGUUUGCAACUUAGACGAAUUUACCUGUAGAUCUGUUCCUGGAGAAUGCGUUCCUCUUACAUGGAUGUGCGAUGAUAAUGCUGAUUGCUCUGAUGGAAGUGAUGAAAAAUCAUGUAAUGAAACUUGCCGAUCUGAUGAGUUUACUUGCAAAAAUGGCAAAUGUAUUCAGAAACGAUGGGUUUGUGAUCUAGAUGAUGAUUGUGGUGACCAUUCUGAUGAAAUGAAUUGUCCUAACAUAACGUGUGCAUCAGAGUUCCAGUGCUCUUAUAAAUUUUGUAUAGCUGCUAAGUGGAGGUGUGAUGGAGAAUAUGACUGUCCAGAUGGAAAAGAUGAACAAGGAUGUCCAAAGCUUGAUAAAGUAUCGUUUUGCCUUGAAGAAGAAUUUGAAUGCGCAGAUAAAUUUACUUGUAUUAAUAAACGAUGGUUGUGUGAUGGUACAAAAGAUUGUCCAGAUGGUUCUGAUGAAGCCCCAGACAACUGUCUGAAUAUUACUUGCAGGGUUGAUCAAUUUCAAUGUAAAGAUCGAUCAUGUAUUGUUGGACAUCUUCAUUGCGAUGGUAAGAAGAACUGCCCAGAUGGUAGUGAUGAAGAAAAUUGUGAAUUACCAGCACCAAAAUGUGAUCCAAAAACUCAUUUUGAUUGCGGAGGUGGUCAAUGUAUUCGUUUUGCUCAAGUUUGUGACGGUCGUCAAGAUUGCCCAAAUUGGGAAGAUGAGCCAAAAAAUCUAUGUGGUGUCAAUGAAUGUAAUAAGGAUAAUGGAGGCUGUACACAAAAAUGCGUGGAUACCCCUGCUUCAUUUUACUGUGAUUGUGAAACUGGUUAUAAACUUAUAGAUAACAGAACAUGUAAAGACAUAAAUGAAUGUGAAAUUCCUGGUACCUGCUCUCAGUUGUGUAUAAAUGACAAGGGAGGUUAUAAGUGUGAAUGUGAAACUGGUUAUAUGAGAGAUCCUAGAGAUUUAACAAAAUGCAAAGCUAUAGAAGGUCAUGCAUCACUUCUAUUCGCACGUAGAAGAGAUAUUCGUAAAAUAUCCUUAGAUCAUCAUGAGAUGACUAGUAUUGUCAAUGAAACAAAUUCAGCAACAGCUUUAGAUUUUGUAUUUCGAACUGGAAUGAUUUUCUGGAGCGAUAUCACCGACAAAAAGAUUUACAAAGCUCCAAUAGAUGAAGGUAAUGAAAAAACAACGGUAAUUACGAAUGAUAUUACAACAUCGGAUGGAUUGGCUGUAGAUUGGAUAUAUAAUCACAUAUAUUGGACAGAUUCUGGAAAAAAUACUAUUGAAUUAGCAAACUUUGAUGGUAAAAUGAGAAAAAUAUUAAUAAAAGAUGGAUUAGAAGAACCCAGGGCUAUAGCAUUAAAUCCUAUGGAAGGUUGGAUUUUCUGGACAGACUGGGGUACCAUUCCAAAAAUAGAACGUGCUGGAAUGGACGGUUCCCAUAGACAAACUAUUGUAAGUUAUGAUGUGAAGUGGCCUAAUGGGUUAACUCUUGAUUUAGUAAAAAGAAAAGUCUAUUGGGUUGAUGCUAAGCUUAAUACAAUUUCCUCUUGUGAUUAUAAUGGAAGGAAUCGAAGACUAACAUUAUUCUCCACUGAAGCUUUAAGGCAUCCGUUUUCUAUAACAACCUUCGAAGACUGGGUGUAUUGGACGGAUUGGGAUAAGGCAGCUGUUUUCAAAGCCAAUAAAUUUACUGGAAAAGAUGUUCAACCAGUUACAUCAACAGAAAUGAUUCAGAAUCCUAUGGUCAUUCAUGUUUAUCAUCCGUAUAGACAACCAGAUGGAGAGAAUCAUUGCCAAGCAGUAAAUGGCCACUGUUCUCAUUUGUGUUUACCUGCUCCUCAAAUCAACAAAAUGUCUCCAAAAAUUUCUUGUGCAUGUCCUGAAACACUUCGAAUGUUGAAAGAUGGUCUCACCUGUGUUCAGGAUGAAACAGUUACAACAUCUACCUCGAAUUCCGUGAUAUAUCCUGAAAUAACCACAAUGUCUUUUGACUCGAAUCUUGAAAACCUUACAACUAGCUCGUACUCAGUGACCUCGGAAUUAACAUCCGUACAAUCGGUUUCGAUUAGUACAAUAAACAAAUCACACCCUAAUACAACACAGUCUGAAAAUGCUGAUGGUGUUUUAGCGGGUAUUACAAUCAUGAUAUGUUUUAUAACUUUUUCCUUCGUUGGUGGGGUGAUUUACUUCAUAUACAGACAUUUAAAAAAUCGCAACAUGACAUCAAUGAAUUUUGAUAAUCCAGUGUACCGAAAAACCACAGAGGAUCAAUUUUCUUUAGAAAAAAAUCAGUUCCAGCGUCAGACGCGACCAUAUUUAAGUACUGUGGGUGAAGAGGCGCAAGAACCCUUAACAAAAAUAUAUCGAACUGAUCCGGCUUAAGAAUUGUUGGGAAAUAUUCUUAGACCAAUUUUUUCCUUGUAUCUAAAAAUCUUACAAGGCAUUUUCAAAUCUCUAGUUUUAUAAGACUGACUCAAUGACAUAGUUCUUAGAGAAUACUCAUUGAUGUAUGCUCACAAGAUUGCCUCUUAAAAUUAACUCGUUAAAAUCUCUGUUCUAUUAUUUUCUUCGAAGCUUAUUUUGAAAAUUAGGAAAGGAAGCAAUCUUGUAAAGAAUUAGAGUUUUGAAAAGUAUUAUUAUUAUAAUUUGUAUUAAAUUUAUAUUGCCAUUAUUAGUCCAAAUCAAACUUUUCACUUAUCAGAACAUAUGCAAUAUAUAAUUAUAAUAAUUAUACUUCAACCUAGUGUCUCUUACCAAAGUAUAGAAUAAACAAAGGGCGUUGCGUACAAGAUGUAUACUUUAGUUAUAAUAUUUGGAACAUUAUUAUUUUGUUGAAGUAAAUCUUGAUAACAUUCUAAUAACAUGAUUUGUUUCAUUUUAGAUUCAAAAUUAACCCGACUUAAUGUACCUUUAUUUAAUUUGUACGUUUAAUUUUUUGCUAGUCUAAUUGUUUUGUUAUUUUGUUAAUUUGCCAAUUGAGGGUAUAAAGCAAUAAUAGUGAUCAUGAAGCGUUCAAAUUAUUAGGGUAUACAAAUUAUUGUGUUAUCAAUGCAGUUUUUAUUGUGAAGAAAGGCCUACAAUAAAGUUUUUUCUAUCAGCUUAAUUAUUGACUGAAAUAGAUAACAAUUUAAGUGUGUAAUUAUUGAAACAUUGAAAGAAAGAAAGAACAAAAGAAAAUGGGUAUCGCCUUAAAUAAUAAGUUGAAUUAGGUCAAUUCUUUUUGACAGCGAUAACAUUUAACACUUUAAUAAUAGAUGAGAAAUUAAUUAUACCAAUCGUUAAGUCUUAUAAACUUUUAUUUAAGAAUGAAAGAUCAUAGAAUAGAUUUUACAUAGUAGAUAGAUGGCAGAAGUUUCUUGUUGAAAUAUUUUAUUUCACUAGUGAAAGAUGAACAACUGUCCUAUAUGUCAUUACCAAAAAUAAA